AUGAAACCUUUAAGCCAGGCCAAGCUGACUGAAAGCCACUUUUGCGGCCCAGACCGACAGGAGACCCCAGAGCAGAAUAGAGACAAUGAGAUACUUGAGUCACUGGCAUUCCCGCAGAUGCUUGACAGGAGGGAUAACAUCGAGCCAUGCCACAGGAAUACCUGCAAAUGGAUUCUAGAGCUGGAAGAGUACCAGUCUUGGAGGAACCAGUCCCACGGUCUGCUCUGGAUUAAGGGCAAGCCAGGUGCAGGAAAGUCGACCUUAAUGGUAUUCCUGCACGACAAGCUCCAAAUAUCAGUAGACGAUCGUCCAGGUAUUCGCCUCGACUUUUUUUUCACCGCUCGGGGUACAGAGAUGCAACGUACACCACUAGGAAUGCUCAGAUCAUUACUGAACCAGAUUUUCGAGCGCGACCCGGCUAUACGUCCUCAGAUUCGUGAGACAUACGACCGGCGAUGUAAGCAGUUUGGAUAUGGUAAACGUCAGUGGGAAUGGCCACUGGUGAUGCUAGAAGAGUUACUAGCAAGUGCCAUCCUGGCAUCAGCCAACCAGCAGCACGUGGUAGUUUUUGUGGAUGCUCUAGACGAGGCUGGGGCUAAGUCUGCUCAGCAGCUGGCAGGAUAUUUUCAUCAGCUCGUUAAUCGCGCCGAGAAAAAGAAGCUAUGCAUCCAAGUUUGUAUCUCAUGUCGACACUAUCCUAUCAUGGAAAGUGGUCAGGCUAUAGAGAUAAACGUCGAAGAUCAUACCCAGCAAGACAUUGCCACAUAUAUCCAAGAUAUCCUUACCAAGACAGAGGCCAACGAUAACGCCAGUCAGAAGAUAAGGGAAAUGCUAGUCGAGCAAUUAACCCAGCAAGCGAAUGGAGUGUUCCAAUGGGUUCAUAUUAUAAUCCCCCUCAUCGAGCAGAAGGUUCGUGAAAGAGAAUCGUUUAAUGACAUCUGUUGCUGGUUACGCGAGGUCCCGGCCGGCCUGGAAGAUGUUUACACGUAUAUUCUGAACAACGUGAUAGAGAAGAGUAACCGCGAGCAGUCAUUUCUGUUCUUUCAAUGGGUAUGCCUGGCCGAGCGACCCCUGACUGUGGUCGAGAUGCGGUAUGCUUUAGCGGCUAAUAAUGUGCGGGUAACGCUGUCUCCAAAGAGAUGGGAAAGGAUCUAUGGUUUCAUCGAAAGCAACGAACACAUGCUGCGAAGAAUCAAGGCUCUUUCUGGUGGACUAGCCGAAGUAGUCCCAAGUGUGGAUAGCAAUGAGACUGUACAGGUGGUACACCAGUCGGUCAAUGAUUUCUUACGCACAAAAGGGCUUAAGGCCUUGUGUCAUAAUAUCGACAUGAGAAUGUCGUGCAUGAACGAGGAUAAGAUUCUUUCCCAAUGCCAGGCAACUCUCUACCGAUCGUGUUUAGUGUAUCUUGCAACAGUUUAUAUACCGGCAGAGAUCACUGAAUUCAAAGGAACCAAAGAAGACCUUAUCCAUCGUCCGUUGCUUGAAUACGCCACUACGAAUCUUUUUAUUCAUGCGGAAAAGGCUGCCGACUCUCGAUCUGGCAUGUUUCAGAAUGAGAAAGACAUCCUACAACAAGUGCUCGGUCAUUGGGUCCAGAUCUACCAGAAACUAGAUGGGUUUAGCAGUGUGUGCCCAUCGAGAGGCACAACACUGUUACAUAUGGCUGCUGCUGCCAAUCUAGUGGAUCUCAUGGAGCCUCUGGUGUCGGAUAUUAAGGAUGUCGCGAUAAGGAACAGAGAUGGAGAUACAGCUUUACACUUGGCAGCCCGAUGGGGUCAUGUAACAGCCGGACAAAUACUCCUUGGGAAAGGAGCGGACCAAGAGGCAAAGAGCCACAGAGGCAAGACGCCAUUAUCCGAGGCAGCUAGUGGUGGACAUAUAAGAUUUGUUGAAUGGCUCCUACAUGAAGGUGUGAGUCUGGAAAUAAAAGGAGAUGGAGGUGCGCUACAAGAAGCUUCUUUGGAAGGCUAUGAGAGUGUUGUGGAGAUACUACUCGGAGCGGGCGCCGAUAUCAAUGCCCAGGGUGGUCAAUACGGCAAUGCCUUACAGGCCGCUGCAUGGAAUGGAAGCCCCGAGAUAGUGCAGAUACUACUCGGAGCGGGCGCCGAUAUCAACGCCCAGGGUGGUGAAUACGGCAAUGCCUUACAGGCUGCUGCAUAUAGAGGAAGCCCUGAGACAGUGCAGAUACUACUCGGAGCGGGCGCCGAUGUUAACACCCAGGGUGGUCACUUUAGCAAUGCCUUACAGGCUGCUGCAUAUAGAGGAAGCCCUGAGAAAGUGCAGAUACUACUCGGAGCGGGCGCCGAUAUCAACGCCCAGGGUGGUCAAUACGGCAAUGCCUUACAGGCUGCGGCAUGGAGUGGAAUCCCCGAGAUAGUGCAGAUACUACUCGGAGCGGGCGCCGAUGUUAACACCCAGGGUGGUCACUUUAGCAAUGCCUUACAGGCUGCUGCAUAUAGAGGAAGCCCUGAGAAAGUGCAGAUACUACUCGGAGCGGGCGCCGAUAUCAACGCCCAGGGUGGUCAAUACGGCAAUGCCUUACAGGCUGCGGCAUGGAGUGGAAUCCCCGAGAUAGUGCAGAUACUACUCGGAGCGGGCGCCGAUAUCAACGCCCAGGGUGGUCAAUACGGCAAUGCCUUACAGGCUGCAGCAUAUAGAGGAAGCCCUGAGAAAGUGCAGAUACUACUCGGAGCGGGCGCCGAUGUUAACACCCAGGGUGGUCACUUUAGCAAUGCCUUACAGGCUGCUGCAUAUAGAGGAAGCCCUGAGAAAGUGCAGAUACUACUCGGAGCGGGCGCCGAUGUUAACGCCCAGGGUGGUCAAUACGGCAAUGCCUUACAGGCCGCUGCAUGGAAUGGAAGCCCCGAGAUAGUGCAGAUACUACUCGGAGCGGGCGCCGAUAUCAACGCCCAGGGUGGUCAAUACGGCAAUGCCUUACAGGCUGCUGCAUAUAGAGGAAGCCCUGAGACAGUGCAGAUACUACUCGGAGCGGGCGCCGAUGUUAACACCCAGGGUGGUCACUUUAGCAAUGCCUUACAGGCUGCUGCAUAUAGAGGAAGCCCUGAGACAGUGCAGAUACUACUCGGAGCGGGCGCCGAUAUCAACGCCCAGGGUGGUCAAUACGGCAAUGCCUUACAGGCUGCUGCAUAUAGAGGAAGCCCUGAGACAGUGCAGAUACUACUCGGAGCGGGCGCCGAUAUCAACGCCCAGGGUGGUGAAUACGGCAAUGCCUUACAGGCCGCUGCAUGGAGUGGAAUCCCCGAGAUAGUGCAGAUACUACUCGGAGCGGGCGCCGAUAUCAACGCCCAGGGUGGUCAAUACGGCAAUGCCUUACAGGCCGCUGCAUGGAGUGGAAUCCCCGAGAUAGUGCAGAUACUACUCGGAGCGGGCGCCGAUAUCAACGCCCAGGGUGGUCAAUACGGCAAUGCCUUACAGGCUGCAGCAUAUAGAGGAAGCCCUGAGACAGUGCAGAUACUACUCGGAGCGGGCGCCGAUGUUAACACCCAGGGUGGUCACUUUAGCAAUGCCUUACAGGCUGCUGCAUAUAGAGGAAGCCCUGAGAAAGUGCAGAUACUACUCGGAGCGGGCGCCGAUAUCAACGCCCAGGGUGGUGAAUACGGCAAUGCCUUACAGGCUGCUGCAUGGAAUGGAAGCCCCGAGACAGUGCAGAUACUACUCGGAGCGGGCGCCGAUGUUAACACCCAGGGUGGUCACUUUAGCAAUGCCUUACAGGCUGCUGCAUAUAGAGGAAGCCCUGAGAAAGUGCAGAUACUACUCGGAGCGGGCGCCGAUAUCAACGCCCAGGGUGGUGAAUACGGCAAUGCCUUACAGGGUGCUGCAUAUAGAGGAAGCCCUGAGACAGUGCAGAUACUACUCGGAGCGGGCGCCAAUGUCAACGCCCAGGGUGGUAGAUAUGGAUCAUCUCUCUUGGCGGCUAUUCAUGAAGGCUAUGUUCAUGAAGUUCAAAUUCUUCUUCAUGCUGGAGCAGAUCCACUGCUUACAGAUGAACUCGGCCGCACUCCUCUUCAUAUUGCAGCUUCAAAAAACCGGCUCCAAAUACUGCGUCGGUUUCCACAACUGGUGUCAGCUCUCAACAAGCGUAGUGAUUUCUUACAAACUCCUCUCCAUCUGGCGGUUUAUCAUGGUCACAUUAGUUUUGCUAUUGCCCUUCUCAAUUCUGGUGCCGAUCCUUCCCUCCUAGAUGGUUAUGCUCCAUCUGCCUCGGGAUUCGUCCUCCAGAACGGAUAUCUGGCAGAUCUCCUGCAAUAUCUGCAACCAGAUCAUCACCGGAACUCGCUUUGUAUGCAGACUGUGCGCCUAUAUGGAUCUCUGUUCCUCCUGCGUACAGAAGUACCCCGGCCAUAG